AUGGCUGUGCCGGGGAUAGCAGGGUCGGUUAACGUGAUGCUGGCGAUCCACGAGAAGAAGACGGCAGCAAUCGAGCUCUACCGGCCCCUCCGCAACUACAUCGCCUCCCACUACUCGGAGCGGGACGCGCAGAACCUGGAGGAUGAUCUAGAGGCCGUGCGGCAGAUGCGAUCCGACCUAGAGAAUCCUCAGUCGUCGGAUGCGCUUCCGGAGGUCCGGCGAGACCUCCUUCAGUCGUAUUACCGGGCACUGUGCGCCAUGGAAUCCCGCUUCCCAAUAUCCCCCGACAGGGACCAUAUCAACGCUUUCUCCUUUGUUUGGUACGACGCCUUCAAGCCUAACAAGAAGGCGUCGCAACAGAACAUCCACCUGGAGAAGGCCGCUGUGCUUUUCAACCUCGGCGCUGCCCACAGCCAGAUCGCCCUCUCGGCAGACAGAACCGGCGCGGCGGGACUCAAGGUAGCGUGCAAUUCUUUCCAGGCUGCAGCUGGGGCCUUUGCCUUCCUUCGUGACAAUGCCUCAAUUAAGGCUUCGGUGGGGUCGUCCGCGACGUUAGACGUAUCUCCAGAGUGUUCUGGAAUGCUCGAGCGUCUGAUGCUCGCCCAAGCACAGGAGUGCUUCUUUGAGAAGGUCAUUGGUGAUGCAAAGCCCCCUGGUCUGUGCUCCAAGGUCGCCCGGCAGGUAAAUUUUGUUUGUCCUUGAUUUUUGAUGUAUUUAUUUUUAUUUUUAUAUUUUUGAUUAGUCUCUUUUUUGGUCCUCUCUUUUAUCACUAGUGAGGUAAUAUUUUCAUUUAUCUUUUAGAGAUUUUUUUUUCUCAUAAGUUUAAUAUCCAUGUAAAUCUAGACAUAUUAUAAAUAAUUUUUGUCCAUGUAAGCUAGAGUUAGAGUUUUUUAUUGUUGCAUCCUUCGAACGUUUUUGGAGAUGGAUGUUUUUCUGGGACAAAGUUAAAUGUAUUUUUUUCGUCUUUCAGCUGAAAAAGCAAAAUGCUUCCUCUUCGAAGUCCAAUUCGAUGUGAAAUAUCUGAUUUUGUAAUAUUAAUGUUCACCUAGAUGCUACCACUUAGAAGCAAUUGGCUUUGUAUUCAUAUCUUAUCUUUUGUUCUAGUGGUUCGCUGAAUUUCGUGUUGAUGAGCAAUUGCUCAUUAUUUCUCAUCUGAAGUUGGUUUGCAGUAUCCCAUGAACCAGGGAUGCCUUCUCAAUUGUAUUCUGUGGAGCAAUUUGGUUUGGACAAUUACAUCAAUGCAUUCCUUAUGAUAUCUCUCUUCUCAAGACCAAUAUUACUUUAUCAAAUCUGUUCUUUUUAUUCACAAUCCUUCUACUUAUCAAGGAUACAUGCUACAUUUCUUCCUAUGGGUUCCUCAGUACAGAACAUGGCCUGUUUUUUGAAUUGGAAUAGAACAUUAACUUUUGUCAAGAUUUUUGCAGGUAAGUCUUUACUACGAGGAAGCCUAUGCAGCUCUGGGUGCACCCCCACUGAGUCAGCAUUUUGACCGUACCUGGAUUUCUCACGUUCAACUCAAGUCAGCACAGUUUUAUGCGGAAGCUUGUUACAGAGCUGGACUGGAUUUGCACGAGAAAGAAGAGAUUGCACAGGAGAUCGCUCGGCUGAAAAGUGGGAUUAAUGCCCUUGCUGAUGCAAAGAAAUCAUCAAAAGGCGUAGCUGCUCCUCUUCUUGAUGCAGUCAGCAAACUAGAGACUAAUCUAAAUCGGAAUUUGGAGAUAGCUGUGAAGGAGAAUGAUCGUGUAUAUCUGAUGCGUAUUCCACCUGCUGGCUCCUUACAGCCGCUCCCUGCUGCUUCACUUGUAAAGCCUUUACAUAUGGGUGACGUCUUAGAUGCCAGCAAGGAGAGGUUAUUUGCUAGCCUUGUACCUGAUAGCAGCGCAAAAGCCCUCUCCAAAUACACUGAGAUGGUUGAUAACAUCAUUAGAACCCAAGUGGAGAAAUUGCAGCAAGGGAGUGAAAUCACGAGGGUUAAGCUUAAGGAGAUGGACUUGCCUGACUCCAUCCUUGCAAUGGAGGGAAAUUUUACUAUGCCAAUCGAUAUUAAGGAAGAUGUUGAGGCUGUGCAAGUUGUUGGUGGGCCUUCUGGUUUGGAAGGUGAAUUGCAGCAGCUCAAGGAUUUGAAGAGAGUUAAUGAGGAACUAUUAAUCCAGACUGAAGAGAUGCUGCGGAAAGAAGAGAGAGAGGAUGCUCAGUUUCGAGUCCAGUUUGGAGGUCAGUGGACAAGACCUCAGUCCACUACCCUGACAAAGACUUUGCAUGAUAGGUUGAACAAGUUUGCUGCGAACAUUAAGCAAGCUUCUGAUAGUGAUGCUCGGAUUGAGCGUGCUAUAAAGGAUCAUUCAGCUCUUAUGGAAAUUCUCAACUGCCGACCUGUGAGUUUAUUCUGACUCUUAUAAUUGCGUUUUAUUAGAUAUUAGUAUUGGUGUGUGUGUUUUCAAUAGCUGCUUCUGGAGAAUUUAUCUUGAACAAGAGAGUCAGGUCACAAACAUACGUCUGUGUUUAUGCUGACCUAAGCAAAUAUAAUUAAUAAAAUCUAUGGCCAGAGAAUAGAGAAUUCUGUUCUGCAGUUCAUGUGAAAAUUUAAAUCUCUGAAGCUGAUUCAUUUGCUUUCAGAUAGAAUCUGCUCUUCCAAUUGUAUCAAGACCUAUCAUGUCUUUGGAUGGAAAUGAAGAUGCUAUUGUUGGUGCUCUUAAGCAAAGUUUGGUAAGUAAAUUUGUCCUUGAAAUUUUUUCGUUCUCUUUAUCAUCAGAAGCAUCAUAUUGUUUACAGUAUUUUUGGUAAAUUUUACUCUUUUUAAAUAUUGCCUCAUUCUGCAUAUUUAAGUAAUUGAUGCUGGGGAUUAAUUCCAAUUUCAAAUAUAAGGCUCAAUAGUUGUUGAAAUUUCUGAAAAUGCAUAAUCAUGCAACACUUCGUUAAUUUUUAUUUUUAAGAAAGGAAUCGAUUCUGGAUCUCCCACUGGCACAUGUGCCGGUUUGUGACUCUAUCACAUUGAUUUCACCUCACACGUCCAGUCUAGGCCAUUUCGGUUUAAGUACCAAAGUAGUGUGUGAUAACCAUUUCUAUAAGGCUAUCGCUCAAGGUAAGGAAGCCUGGUUUCUUUGAAUUUCCGAGUAAUGGGUGUUUGGGGUAGGUAGUACUUCUGUUGAUGGGCGAUGUAUCCAUUGCUGUACUUUUGUUGCCAAUAGACAAAAUCUACGUCCCGCCUUUGGCAAAAUCUUUUUUUUUUCUAUUGUCAAAUGUUAGAGUUUGGUAAUUUUACUAGAAGAUUUUAGAGGAGCAGAUAAUUACAGAAUAAUUCCUUUUGUUUCCAAAGACGUAUUUUUUGGAUCUGAUGGGAGAAAGACUACAGUUAUGUACUCAAGUUUUGAUACAGAAUAAAUUGCAAGCUUCUGGUUGGAUUUUGCUUCACAUAAUCUGCUUCCCAAUCGGUAUUGAAAAAUACAUUUUGAUAAGUUCACCUUUCAUGAAGUAAGUGUAUCGAUUUACUUGACAUUUGAGUUAAGAAUGGCUAGAGUAUUAUAUUUCUAGUGGUUGAAUUUUAGUAACUUUCUUGAUUAGUGCAAUGGUCUUUUCCGAAAAGGUUACAGGAGGUUACGAAGUUUUUCUUCAUAUCUUUAUCGAUUUGGUGAUAAUGGAAUAAACUUUGAUUUAGAAAUAAAUUACUAAGUUAUUUGUUUUAUUUUCUAGGGUGACCCAUGUCUUGGUAGAGUAGACAGGGAUACAAAAGGGCUUACUUUUGAGGUUUCUAGGUUUAAAGGAUCACCUUGUUAUAUGUUGAUAUCUUUGCUGUUAUACCAUCUUGUGUAUCACCCAUAUUUUUGAUGUUCAUUUUUAUAUGUUGUGAAUCAUUUUUUUUAUUUUACUUUGUGGACGGCUACAGAACUAAUGUACUGAAUUUGUUGUUUUGCUCCGUGAAUUGCUUCUCUCUGUUCCAUGGGUUAUAUGAUUGUAUGAUUUAUAAAGUUUUGUGGCAUAUAAUCUUAAGGUAUGUAUGGACUUUCAUUUAUGAAACAAUUAUCCGAUUCAACGAUUCUCUUUUGUCUCUAUGUAUUUUUUUCCUUGUGCUCUUGUGGAACAAAUUAUUUGGUCUUUACGGGCUACAUAUAUACGUGGAUUUGCAAAGUAGAAACUAUAUUGUCAAUGCAGAUUGAGAAUUUUGCUUGUCAAGGUCCGUGUGACUUUCAUCUUGGCCAAUGGAUAGUCCCAAUCUUUUUCUUUUGCCAGUUCAAAAGUUGCUAUGUGACCUGGGAGUCGUACUUUUAGCAUACAUAGAUUCUCUAUAACCUUUUUUGUCAUCUCUUUAGUAUUCGCCGAAAAUCAUCCUUUCCUGAUUCCUAUUAUUCUUACCAGAGGCAACUUGAGACGCUUAGUGCACAGAGAGCCGGUCUUGAAGAUAUGCUCAAAGAGAUGAAAAGAAAUGUAAGAUAUUUAUGAUUUAAUGUUAUCACUCCUCCCGGUGCUAGGAUGUUUUUCUUUUUUUGUUUAAAUAAUUGAGAAAUAUCUACAUAACGCCCUAAAAAGUGAGGCUUAUUAUCCAUAAGCUUCACAGUUGAAGGGAAACACACAUCACUUGUCUCAAUCGAUUUUGCCUCUUUCAUUGAUUAGGAUGAAAAGGUUCACAAGUGUUGCAGGUGACAUUCAUUUAUGUUGCCUUUUACCUUUCCAGAUUAAAGUGGAACAGAAACUAAUCAAACGCUAUGCAUAAAUGUAUACACAAAGAUAAUGAGGCCGUAGUGAUCUAAGCCUCUUGGAUUUCAUCUAUCCUCAGAUGACAGAAGAUUAGAGAAUAAGAGGAAAUUCCUUGCGUACUAGUUAGAUGCACUUCAUUUGAUUAAGAUUCUCCAAGUUUUGCAUGCACAUCCUGACAUACAUCUCAUCACCAGUUUAGAUUUCUUCUCAGAAUUUCAUUGCAGGCUAGAUAUGCAUGCAUCACUCACUCUAAAUUUGGAUUCUUGGUAUUAACUAAUGUACGAAGUUGUAUAGUGGAUUUGUGGACUGACAGCUUUCAAGUACUACUAUUGCAAAAUCUAAAGGGUUUAUAUAUGUUUAGCAUGCCAUGUGGUUCGUGUUGCUGUCUUUUCAGGACGAUAUACUCCCAAAGUUGAUGUCAAGCACGGGAUCAUACGAGGACCUUUUUAGGAAGGAGAUCGCAAAAUAUGAUCAAAUUUGUGAGGAAAUCACGCAAAAUAUCGAAGCUCAAGAGCAGCUGUUGUUUCAAAUUCAGGUAACUUAUUCUAUAUUUCCUCCCCCGGACUGCAUGAAAAUAAUCUCUUUUUUCUGAGGCACUGUGCUGGUAAAGUAAAUUACUCAGGUUUGAAAAUCAAUUACUUGUCGGGCAUAACUCCGUCAGCCGUAUUUUAAAAUUCUGCUUCACUAAAGUUACUGAGUAGUGGCGUGAUGCUAAAGAAAUUCCCACGAACUGCCUCUUGUUCUCGUCAGUUGUUUAGUGCCAGAAAUGCCAGAAUUGACUUCGGGAAAUUGCUUUCAGAAAACGUUUUGGGCAGAAAUUUGCUUAAUUGCAACGAUCUUUGUGACCAUAGAUGAUUCUUGAAAUCUCCUUCCAUGGCGUCAAAUCGAGCAUUUUGUGUGAUAUUGUUGCGUUCAGUGGCGAAUCAGUUCCUAGUGUUUCAUUAAGGCGACACUGAGGCACAUAUCGGAGACUUUCCGCUUUUUUUUUUUAGCAAGUCUUCACCUUUCUUUCACUUUUGAUCAGUCGUCCAACUUUUUCACUCCACUUGCUCAUUUUUGCUGCUGAUUGGUUUUUCUUACCGGCAUGCGAAUUUCUUUUUCUUCCUUCAUAACAGGCCCAAAACGAUGAGUUUGCUGCGGUGUUUAAUCUCGAGGACUACAGAGGUACAAUAUCUCAUCUGAAAUAUCCUGUAAAUGAAAGUUAAUCUAGAGUUCAUGAUCUGCCUUUUUUUUUCUUUUUUGGUACCAAUAACCUUCUCUAAAUCGAAGUAUGAGAAAAACAGGCGGCCUAGACAUAUUGACCCUUCCUGAGCUCCAAAUUAGCCCAGCAUAAAGCUCCCCCGACCAUCUCUCAUGCUUCCAACCUCGUCCAGUUGUUGAUAAUACACGUAGAUUGGAUAUAUAUUGCCAUUUUCGUACAGGUUUCAUCUUUGGAGUCGGUUCAUGUUUACUUAUGGUAACUACAAGGGAAAAUUCUUGGCCAUCCCUGGAUUAAUCAGGUGGGGCUGCAACCUGACCCGGCAGAGUUUCUACUGGCCUGAGCCUCAAAAAUCAAGCCCAGAGUAAAACUUGGCCUGUGCUGGAUCCAAGCUUAGAAAGGGACCCCAUUACAUCUCGCCGAUCAGUUUCCCCAUGCCUGUUUUUCUCCCACUUCUCCUCUGCCUUGGAUAUAUGAAGAACUGGGACCUGGACUGAGCACUUGCUUCUCCCUCACUGCCCCUCCUCCUGCGAAGACGACCACAUCUCUAUGUGUUUUUCAGUCGGUUCACGCUAAUGCGACCUUCAUUUCCCCACCACCAGUUCCACUAACUGCCUCGGAGCGUCUGUUUCCACAGCUGCCCGCGAGAAGACCUACAAGCAGAUCGCAGCCGCCGUGGCGAAAUUCCGCGAGAUCAAGGACAACAUAAACGAAGGUCUGAAGUUCUACAUCACUCUUCAGGUACCCACCCUCUCUCGCCUCCCCAUUCCCUCCGACCCGACCAUCCGAGCGGCAGUUCCUGAACGCGCACACGCCGGUUCUUCCUGAGCAGGAUGCAAUAAUGAACGUGAAGCAGCAGGGCAACGACUUCGUGAUGACCAGGAACCUCCAGUGCACGGAGAUGGUGGAAAGCAUGCAGAAGAAAAUGGCCAGCCUCAGCUUCUCCGACGGAAAGCCAGCCGGCUACGGGUACCAAUCUGCCGGCCCGUCGAACCCCCCCGUCAAUUCCUACUGCCUCCCGCCGGAGCCCCUGCCGCAUUCCAGGUCCGGCGCGUACUCCCACCCUUACCCGCAUGAGCAGCACCAGCAGCAUCCGAGGCCCGGUGCGUACUCUGCCCCGUACCCGCCAUACGCCGCGCCGCCGCCGCCGCCGCAGCAGCAGCAGCAGCAGCACCAGCAGCAGCAACCUCCUUACCACGCCGUGCCGAUGGGCGGCGGCGCCUACCAGACGGCUCAGCAGCAGCAGCAGCAUCCGCCCGGCGGCGACUACGGGCAGCCGGCGUACCCUGGGUGGCGCGGCUCGUACUACAACACCGCGGCGCAGCAGCAGCAGCCGGCGGCGCCUCAGCAGCCCCGCCCGCCUUACACUCUUCCCGCCGGCCCGUACCCGCCCCAGGGGAGCUACUAUGGCCGGCCCCAAUAG